AUGAGUCAAACAAAGAAACAGCACUCUGCCAUGGUACAUUUCGUCGCUGGUGGUUUAGGCGGCUCGUUUGGUGCCUUCGUAACAUGUCCUCUCGAGGUGAUUCAGACGAGACUUCAAUCUUCUGCGUUUCGGCUUCAACGAACAGCAAAUCUACGCGUUUCUCGCAAUAUUUCGUCCAGUGGCCAAGCCGCAAAUUUAAGUACAGCUAGUGUGGCUAACUCGAAGCUUAAUGUUGCGGCGAAUCGCUUCAAAGGAGUAUUUUCUUAUGGAAGGUACAUGGUUCAGCACGAAGGGUUCUUUUCGUUGUACAAAGGAUUGGGGCCCACAUUACUCGGUGUCACCCCAUCAAGAGCAAUUUAUUUUGCCCUCUAUUCCACGACAAAGGAGAUACUGAACAAAUCUGGCAAGCUAGUUGCCGAUUCUUCACUUGUUUAUAUGACAUCCGCGGCUAUAGCUUCGUUUGUAAAUCACACGGUUACAAAUCCUUUGUGGUUCGUCAAAACGCGACUACAGUUGGACAACAGGGAAGCGCGGAGAGUAAAUGCUUUCCAUAUAGUAAGAGAUGCUUACAAGAGCGAAGGAAUCAGAGCUUUUUACCGAGGACUUUCAGCUUCCUACGUAGGAAUCUCAGAGACAGUAGUGCAUUUUACGAUCUACGAGAAAGUGAAAGCGAGAUUGCUAAAGUUUCAACAGAAGACGCAAAGAGACCUGAAUGUGAUCGAGUGCAUGCUGUCAGCCGGCGUUUCCAAAUCCAUCGCUGCAAGUCUUUGCUAUCCUCAUGAAGUUGCACGAACUCGGCUACGUCAACAAGAGAGUGAUUUCCUCGGAAAACAAAAAUACAACUCGUUUCUUCAAACGCUGAAAACAGUUGUGAAAGAGGAAGGAUGGAGAGGUCUCUAUGGAGGUUUAGGAACCCACUUAAUUCGACAAGUUCCAAAUACAGUGAUAAUGUUUUUCACUUACGAAGGAGUCGUGUACCUUUUGGAGUAGUUAAUGCGUUCGCUUUAAAUUGAUCAGUAGUUCUUUAUCAACAAUAAUCGUUGUUAAAACCAAAUUGGUGCACCCAAUUUGUGUAAGCUGAUGUAGUAUGAUACUAGCGCGUAAGUAGAUUAAAUUUUUGUCAAUUAUCAUCAUUUAAAAUUUCAAGUUCAAGGAAAUUUCCUGGGGGGGCAGCGUUUUUUUGUUUUUUUUGUUUUUUUUUUUUCUGAACGACCUUGGUGAGUCCAUUUGUAAUGGAAAUAGUGUCUUUAUCCUCUCUUCAAACGCUUUAAACCUAGGAAGAGCUCUCGCAGGCAAGGUGAUAAAUAUUUAAAUAAAUUAGAUUGUUCUUUUAGUUCAGGAGUUGCUAUGGGUUGCAACUGAAGUCUUGGGAAUGAUAUUGAUCAAAAGUAACCAUUUGUUUAUUCAAGAUUACAUAGCUCAGGUCAGUAAAUGCCAAGAAUGAUAUAUCAAAUAGGUAGAUGUGUUCUAAAUCUUAAUUCUUGAAAAAAGACUCACUCAAAAAAAUAAACUUGGUGAGAGUGUUCUUUCAGAAAGAGCAUAUGAAAUAAUUUUGUUUUCUCCUCUCAGGAAAGGUAUCAGCAAAGCAUUAAUCAUUUCGGUUUGCCCUUUUUUUUCAUUCUUUUAUUUUUCUUUUAAAAAAAUGUGAAGUGAAUGGUUUAUUUGGAAAGAUGCAUGAAUUAGCUUCUCACUUAAUUACUGCGUAAUCAUGUAUGUUUUCAUAGAAAACCCUAUUCAUCUGAUUUUUCUCUUGACCUUUGCUAAGUGCAAUUGAUUCUUCCCAGAUGUACACAAAUGGUUCAGUGUAAAUAUUUAUAUUUCGUGUUGUGGUCUACAUGAAAUUAUGUCUCAUGUAAAUAUAAGGUCAAGGUAAUGAGGUGUUUGGAAGAGGUUGCAUUUUGAUAUUUUCUAAAUAAGUAUCAAUAAAAUACUUUCUCAAUAAAUAUUUUGUAGACAGGGUGGGUAGGUAAUGUUGAGUACUGGUCAGGGGAGUGGGAAGGGUGAAAGAGUUGAACUGAACUAUUAUUGGCAGAAGAAACUAUUUAUACUGUUGCAGGUGAGAGUAGCCCUGGAAAGAGUUUUGCUUAUUAAUUACUGCUAAGAAUUUAUAUUUCAUGAGGACUUUUGUUAUUAAAGUGAAUAAAUACCUUUCACAACUGCUUAGUUGAUGAACAUAUUUCUAAUGUAUGGAUUGGUUACAGACAAAAAUAUUUGGAAACCUCACAAAAGUGUUUUCUGAAUCAUGACUGUUAUUACUGACUCCAGCAAGCUAUGAAAUAGCCAAAAACCAUUUGUCCAUUCCUCAGCUUGAAGUUCUUCCCAAGUUGUUUUCAAUUAAAGAAUUCCUCUUAUUAUUUUUUCACAAUCACUUAUUACUGGCAAAGGGAAUUAUUUCUAGUCUUGCCUUCUAUGGCUCUGAUCACAUUCACAUUCUUAAAUGUAAACCAGUAUUAAUGAUCUUUUCUUUAUAGCCUUUUCCUUUCCUCAUGUUCACUGCUCAUCUGAGAACUGCAACUUAGUUUACGGGAAUCACAGUGUGCAUGUCUACAUUACAACCUGUUAUUAUAGUAUACCAAGUGACAGCUGGGUGACACAGUCAACCUCGUAUCCAGGUCCUUUUUCCGUUCGCCCCAGACGAAGGGGCUGGGGACGAGUUUGUGACACGGUUUGAUCCUCCUCCCCUUGAAAAAUCCAAGCCACACCGCUGCUUUUUGUGUUCAUAGGCCUUAGUUAUGAUGUUACAGAGGACGUAAAAUCCCAAAAAGGCUUGGUGACUUCUCGUUAUUGAUAUCGGGGGUGCAAAAUCAACCUCGUUCUCAAGGUCCCCUUUCCUUCAAGUUCCUCGCGGAAGGAGGAGGAGGGGGAGGAGAGAGGACGAUGUUGGGAUGUAAAAACCCACUUGCAGACAAUAACCGCUCAAACACCGUCACAUGAUCUGUCCGAGGAAAUUGAAACAAGGCAGCUAAGACCUUUUGUUUAAAAAAAUGUCGUUGGAAAACUUUCUUUAGAAUGGAGGGGGGUAAGUUUCCAGAAAAAAUGUGGUGCUGCGUCGAUAGGAGAGUAUAAUGGGGUAAUCUGGUAUUAUCAACUGAAAUGAUAACUCAAUUGGCCACCGUGGUUUCAAAGCACUUCCUCAGAGCCAAUAGCCCUUAGCGUUAGCCCUUCGUGCAUUUGCUCUGACGAAGGGCUAACGCUUGAAUGGUCAGCUUUAAAACCGUCUUUAGGGUGGCCAAUUUACGUUAUCAACUGAGUUGACAAUACUAAAUUACCCAGUCUUUAGGAUGAGUUUUGAGUUGCCGACGUUUCUGGUAAUUGUGGGGUAUAUGUUGAUCUUCAUUCAUUUCAUACGUAAAUAAAUUAUUCAAAACAGAGCCUAUAAUCCAUCGUAUCGUGUUCUUAGUUUUGCAGCUAAGUAUCGUCUAUGAUUGUGCUUUUGAAUUGUAGCGUUACGUGUAUUAUAGGCAAUCUUUUAUGAAGAUAUAGCCUCUCCUUAAGUCUCCUUCAUAGACGUUAUUAGGGAUGUCACUCAACCUACCCACAGAGUAAAAGAGCUUUCGCUCAAUCAGCAUCAUAAGGGUCUUAAGGGUCAAACAAGCCUAUGGCGUGUCUCCCUUUCCCCAGUCCUGCAGAGAGAAAAAAUUCCUUGAGAUGAGGAGACAAACUUCACUAAGAGGAGGGAUUCCCACCCAAAGAAAAAAAUGGAGAAAGGUAAAGAACGAGCAGAUAUAUAAAUAUACAUAUUUAUAUACAUACAUAUAGAUUUUCUCAAUCGUAUCAUCCUCCCCAUUCCCGCUUACAUGGUUCGCGAGAGAAAUGGGGGGGGUGAACUGAAUUUUGUAAAAUCAAAAUUAACUCUCACUGUAAGAAAGGUUCUAAAAAAUAUUAUCAGACAACUUUCAAGAUGUAAUCGGCUUCAGUUGUGGCCCAAAUCUUUGUUGUAAACGACAAAUAGGUCACUGAGCCGUGGGUGCGGUGAAUUGGAGGCCGCCAAUUACAAACUAUGCAUUUUCAUACCCCCAGACCCCCCUAGAAAGCUCACGCCUACGGCGUUCGUGGUGCUCCCCCCCCCCCCCCCCUUUGAAAAUCCGCCCCUUAAGAGCACUGUCAUCAGUUUGGGAAACCCCCUUUUUUUGGAAAAUAGUGAAGAAAAUACCUAUGAAUUUAUUCCCUUUUACUCGUUCUAAGGGACUUGUCAGAAAUUAGCAGGGGGGAGGGGGGGUGGGAAUUUUAAAUUUGGGUUCGGAAAUUAGGUGACCCAUCCCUGCAAUGGGAGUGAAAUUUGCUAACCCUCCCCUUGAGCUUGGCCUAAAAUAUUAUGACCCUCCCCCUCUACUAACAUUAUUAAUAACAACAUUAUUCAUAAUUUCAAUAAGACUAUAUAGCAUUGUUAUAAAUGAAAAGUACAUGUUUGUUAAAUUCUUGCUAUAGUACUUCACAGUUUAUAUCCAUAACGUUCCGUAAACCGUUGUAUUUUUCUCUUUUUUUUGCCAAAUAAAGAACUUCCUUUUUCUUCUGUGGGUGAACCUCUACAUGAUCACGGGCAUAUAUUUGCAUGACCCUCCCCCUUUUAACUGCCCAUUUUUCAUGACCCCUCCCUUUUCUGAGGCUCAAAAAGUUGUGACCCCCCCUCUGUUUCCACCCCCCCUCCCCCCCUGCUAAUUUCUGACAAGUCCCUAACCGGAAUAACCACACGGUACCAUGCAUAUGAAUCAUACCAGAAGCUCAGUCAAUGUUCCUAUAUGAAUUACGCGGUGCAGAAUUUUGUCUGUGAUAGAGAAAGGGGGCUUGAGUCGGGUCGCAUAACGAAAGUUUCAAUCUCGAACCCAAUGUCAUUUUGGCUCCUUGUUAACGGUAUGGUCGCUAAAUAAUGAAUGUCUGUUUGGCCAAGGUAGGUCAUGUAUGGGGAACUAUUAUGGACAUUACUUACGCUAUUUGGCGACCAUACUGCUGACAAGGAGCCAAAAUGACCCUGGGCUCGAGAUUGCGAAAGUUAUUCCAUUCGACCCAAGCCUCUCUCCAAUCCAUCCGUGUUUUGCUUUUGUCAACGUUUGUUGCAUUUAUUUCCCUUUCUUUUUGAUUGUGCCCUUGUCUAAACACCGAGAUUACUACCACGUCUUUAAUAGUUCAGUUAAAUCACCUACACCCUGAUGAGCCGAAAAGGGUUCUGAAAACUUACCCACGAACAACAAGGAAAGUCACUUGAAGGGCUGAAGCUUCCAGAAAAUAGCCCAGGAAACCCUAUUUCGAAAAGUCGGAUGUAUCGGCCUCAGAGAGUAAAUGUUGAGUAAGAAUAUGAUAACGCAGAAGGAUUCUACGACUUCUACUGUGUCUAAAUCAGGUCUUACUAUGGCCUUAGUCGAUGCCUCACCAAGAUUUUCUGACGCAGAAAAUUUCUUCACUCCUCUUUCAAACCGAACUUAACUGAAACGGCACAGAUAUGAUCAUGAGUUUGUGAGUAAAAUCUAAGUUGCAUAUGUUAUCUACUGACAGAGGGGGUCGGUGUAAUGGACAUCUUCGAGUCCAAACUCAGCCUCUAGGCUUUUAUUUUACGACAGACUUGAUUGUUUCUUCCCAUUCUCAAACUCUCUUGAAAUUGGUGACAUUUUCCCCAAACACCGCCCUGGGAAUAUAGUUACCUUCGACAUACCACAUCUCUCAAAAAGGAAGCCUUUUCUAACUGGAUAUUUUUCCCUACUCUUGAAUAGUAGCAAUCUGUUUUGAAAUAAGUUUUUUCUCUAUAGCGUAAUGUAUGUAGUUCGUUGCAAAAAACGUGACGCUUUACCUCAGCCGCGGGCAGAGAUUAGGCAAUUCCGAACUGAGCUUACAACUAAACAGAUUGCUACAACAAUGUCAUUCUGCGGGGUCCCUUCAUCUUAGUAGUUGGGAAAUCCGCAGAACUCUAGAACAAAAUUUAUCUUUUAAAUCGGAACUUUUAAUCCCCAAGGUAUCAACGGACGCCAUUCAUUUAACUUAUUUAUCAUUGUGUUUUCACGUUACCAUGUUCCUACCAAUAGCUUAGCCCUAUUUUUUUGUACUUAAAUCUCUAUUUGCUGUGACGAAGGGCCAACACUCGAAACGUCACGUUAAAAACUCUUUUCGGUGGUCAUUUGACAUUAUAAACUCCACUGAUAAAACCAAAUUAGAUACUAUGUACCUACUUAUGAAAAAGCAUUUUAAUAUUCUUGGCUACUUUGAGCCCGGAAAAUAACGAAGGAAAUUUGUUGCAUGUCUUGCAUGGCGUAUACGUGUGUUGUAAAACCCGGGAUAUUGCGUGUAAAAGUGAGUUAACGCAUUUUAAAUGCGUCAUUGGUACAGUAGAACACAUUCUUUAUUGUCUUCGAUUAUUCAACGAUACUGUACGUGACCCGAAUAUGGUACUCCUAACCCCUCCCCUCAGGAAAACCUGGAACAAAUACUGCAUGUUAUUUUAACCCAAUCCCACCCUUCCUCCUCCCCAGCCCCACCUCUUUACACACCUCUUUACAUGCGCCAGCUUGCUUUCCGCGCGUCUUAUUUUUGUUCUCAUUUCAUGAUUCUUCCGCUCAUCUGGCUCUUUACUCCUGAACUUUAGCCUUCUAUAUCCACUCGUAGAAGUUGAAUCAUUUCCAAAAUCGCAAUUAUUUGUCGCAAAAAGGGGGAAAAAAGUGUUCAUGUCUAUUACACGUGUGGUAAUUCACGAGUCAGCUCAGUCGCGCACUUAAAGCCCUCCCCCUAGGGGAAAAAUUGUCACAUGUUCACGUGAGAAGUGGACCUUGAUGUGAGUUUGUGAAUGUAGACCACGUGAAAGUGAUUGAGUGACCAAUCAAAUUAAGUCAAGCAACCGUCUACAGCUAUGGCCAUGUGAUUCCUGCGGAGUUUGUAGUAAACAGAGUACAAGGUUCGUUAUGUCAUACUAUUCAGG